UGUAUAAGAAGUCAAUCGAAGCAAAAGUCUCAGAUUGAGAAGAGAGAGAUGGGGCUGCUGUGUUGUUUCGAUGGAGGCAACAAUGCACAGAGAAAAGAAGAAGACAGAAUAGCCUCCGCGGAAGCUCUUGCCAAAGCUGCCGAAGCGGCCCAGAGAAGGCAAGAAGAAUUCGAAAAGUCUGCAGCAGGAAGAGCUGCACGUGCACAGCAACAGGCGGUUGCAAAGCAAGCUGCCAGCGCUAACAAAGGCGAACCAGUAUUAAAGUGGUCGAUGGGUUGAGGCAGAGCGUUCGUCUCUCCAACAACUUCCAAUUUGUUUAUACAGAUACAACCAUGUUUGGACUGCCAAUUCCUCUUCUGCCUAUUACAAAUACUCCAGAUCUCCAAAGCAAACUUUGUUUAUCAAUCAACAUUCACUCUGUCAUUUAUUGUGUAUAUGGAAUGUCAGGAGAACAAUAACAAUUGCAAAAUUCUUGCUUUGGUGCAUCUUCUAAUAAUGAAAUCUGGCCAUUCAUUU